AAUCUUAUAUUCUAGACAAUGUCGGCACUGGGUCUGCUAUUGCUUGUCGGCGCCCAGGGCACCACCAUAAUCAGCAUUAAGUAUCCGCCACAGAGCGCCGACGCUAAAUCGCUAGAUCGCACACAGCCGACGAAACGAGAUCUAAGUCUAAGCUAUGCAGCCACCAAUAUUGACUCAAAGGAGGGCACGCGUGUCAAGACGAUCACAGUAAUCAAGAAUGUGGGCGGCAUUGGAGAGUCCAGUGCGGCGAGCAAUAGGCAAGUGAAGCUGGCGAUCAAUCCCGAGCUGCAUAAAAACGAGGAGUGGGCGACUGCUUUUCGUGAUAACUUUGAAUCGUAUGGUGGAUUGCCUGAAGUGCCAGACAUAGAUGAUCUAUUUGAUUUCGUGAAUAAGAAAAAGGUCCCAGCACCAACCGAGAAAGAAAUAAAGAAAGAGCCGAAGCCUACAGAGAGCACCACAAAGGCGCCGCCGCCCCCGCCGCCUCCACCACCACAACCAACAAAAGCAACCAGCGAACAUGCCGAAGAUGCGGAUGACAGUGAUGAGGCGACCGUGGAGAAAAUCAAGGGCGAUGCCGAGCUGCUGCCACAUAUCAAACAGGCGAAUAUAUUGCGACUGCAAGCGUUGGAUCAACAAGCAGAUAAGCGAUUGCGCACACGCGAAUCUCUGAUCAAUGUUAACUACUCGACGCCCAUGCAUUCAGUUAGCCAGUUUUUUGAGAAUUAUGUGCAGGUGCUACCCAAUGGCUAUGAUUACACCAAGCCGCAGCAGCCACAGCAGCCUUGCGCUCUGCCAUCACCUCCAAAUAGCAUACAGGUGACAACGCCAUCGGGACGCAGCUACAAUAUACCGCAGAGCAAUAGCAGUGGCAUCAACGGCGGCGCAAAUCAUCCCUACCUGGCGCCAUCUCUUGGCAAGAGAACGCAGAUACAGCCAGCAGCACCUGCUCAACCUCAACCACAAGCGCAGCCGCAGCCCCAGCAGCCGCCAAAUUUCUCCACGGUUAAUUCGAUUUUGCCGCCUAUUGUGCAGACGCCGCAGGGUAAUAACUUUCCAGCAAAUGUGCCACAGCAGCAGCAGCCACUGGCACCACCUCAAGGCGCGGGUACAGUAGGAUCUUCCACUAGCCAGCGGCCCUAUGUCGCACCCAGUCUACGCAACAAUGGCCUGGGCAUAAAUCGAGGCCCGUCCACGCCGCAACCGCCCGCAUUGCCAGCCUAUGCUACAGGCAAUGUGAAUGGUGCACCCAGCUAUCGUACCAAUUCAUUUGGCGCCAAUCAUCCGAAUAUCUUUCGAUCGCGUGGCUUAAAAUAUUAAAAUACUGUGUAAUCUUACAACUAAUAGAUUCUUAAGACUUCUGAUGUGUUGAUGCAUAUAUGUAUGAAAGCGUAUUCCUAAAUAUAUCACACAAACUCACAUAAACACACAUACAUACACAAACAUACGUAACACACAUGUCCCAAGGUACAGGCUGGAUAAAUCAAUAGCGCCGCAAAAUUGCAAUCGAUACGUGACGCGAUGAGAACAGUUUCUAGUAGUUGGUGUUAUUCGUUGCUGGCGCUGAUUUCUACUAAUGUAUUUGUCGUCGCACUAUGAAGUACGCACAUUUUUGCAUAUGUAUGCGUGCAUGUUUGUACUUUUAUCAAUGAAC